AUGGGGAUUUCUAUGUUAGGAGGAAUGUAUGGAGAAAUUCCUUCGGAGAGUAUGAUGGUACAACUUAGGUGGCAUAUUAAAAUGCCUAUAAUUGUGUUCAACUCAAUUAAAAUUUUGGCUUCUACAGGACUUGGGAUGGCAAUGUUUAGUCUAGGUUUAUUCAUGGCUUCACAGCCAAAGAUAAUUGCUGGUGGGAUUGCAGCAGCGGGGGUUGCUGCUGUGAUGAGAAUCAUUGUAGGACCAGCUACCAUGGCAGCUGCUUCAUAUGCUGUUGGGCUCAAAGGAAUUGUCUUACAAAUCACAAUUAUUCAGGCAGCUCUACCACAAGCGAUCAUACCUUUUGUCUUUGCACAAGAGUGUAAUGUUCAUCCUACGCUUCUUAGCACAGGGUAG